GGGAGAGAGAGAGAAAGGGAGAGAGAGAGCAAGGGAGAGAGAGAGUGACUGACUGACUGAGAGAGGACGAAAGAGGGAGAGAGAUGGAGAGGCGGGGGAAACCACGCUUUUAAGAGAUUUGAUAGUAAUUUGAAGCGUCAUAAUUAUGAGGAAAUGUGCAAGCCUCGAAAGGAAGAAUUUCUAGAAAUGUUGCGUUUCUAAAUUGAAUUCAGAAUUCUGAAAAGUGUCCAUGAGAAGAAAUAAUGCCGGACGUGUUUCAUUCCGGAGAGGAACCAUAGAAAUGGAAUUUGACGUAGCUGGCAUUGGACAAUGUUUCACAUGUUAGAGACGGGCAGAAAGUUCUAUAUGGAGUAUUUACAUAUGUACGAAGUGAGUCUCUGAAGUUCUGAUUGGCACUUCUGAACACCUCGGUCUACGCGCGUUUCACGUCAGGAUGGAAAUGUCAGGUGCUUCAGGCAGAGGGUGAGCAAUUUGGGUCCCUUCAGUCGUAGUAGCAGUAUGACACCGAGUCCACCUACGUCCCCACUCCUCCGCUAUGGCACGGUCUGGGCAUCUGGGUUCAGGUUGAGAGGCUCCGGCCUGAUGCCAUGGUGGUGGCGGCCCAUCCUGUGGCUCCUCUGGGUAGCUCUGGCGGGCCCCAGGGACAUGGUGCGGGCGCACCAGCCCACGCACCCGCGCUCCAUCAAGAUCGAGGGCGACAUCACGCUGGGCGGCCUCUUCCCGGUGCAUUCCAAGGGGCCUGCGGGCGCGUCGUGCGGCGAGAUCAAGAAGGAGAAGGGCAUCCACCGCAUGGAGGCCAUGCUCUACGCCUUGGACCAGAUCAACAGCGACCCGGAGCUGCUGCCCAACAUCACACUGGGCGCGCGCAUCCUGGACACGUGCUCACGCGACACCUACGCGCUCGAGCAGUCGCUCACCUUCGUUCAGGCGCUCAUCCAGAAGGACACGUCGGACAUACGCUGCUCCAACGGUGAGCCGCCAAUCAUACGCAAACCGGAGCGCGUGGUGGGCGUGAUCGGGGCCUCGGCCAGCUCCGUCUCUAUCAUGGUGGCCAACGUGCUACGCCUCUUUGAGAUUCCUCAGAUUAGCUAUGCAUCCACCUCCCCGGAGCUGAGUGACCACAACCGUUAUGACUUCUUCUCCCGCGUGGUGCCACCGGACUCUUACCAAGCCCAGGCCAUGGUUGAUAUCGUCAAGGCCAUGGGGUGGAAUUAUGUGUCAACAGUGGCGUCGGAGGGCAACUACGGAGAGAGCGGAGUUGAUGCAUUCAUCCAGAUCUCGCGGGAGGCAGGGGGUCUGUGCAUCGCCCAGUCGAUAAAGAUCCCGAGAGAUCCGAAACCAGGAGAAUAUGACAAGGCCAUAAAGAGGCUAAUGGAGACCUCCAAUGCACGUGGAGUCAUUAUAUUCGCCAGCGAGGACGACAUCAAACGGGUCCUGGAUGCAGCAAAGAAGGCAAACCUCACGGGUCACUUCCUGUUUGUGGGCUCUGACAGCUGGGGAGCAAAAAUCUCACCAAUCCUGGACCAGGAGGACAUGGCAGAAGGAGCUGUCACCAUCCUCCCCAAAAGAGCCUCCAUUGAUGGUUUUGACCAGUACUUUACCACCAGAUCUCUGGAGAACAACCGCAGGAACAUCUGGUUUGCAGAGUUCUGGGAAGAUGAUUUCAGAUGUAAACUGACACGGCCAGGCAUAAAGAUCGAUAGUGAAAAGAAAAAAUGUACAGGUAAUGAGAGGAUAGGCCGUGACUCCCCUUACGAGCAGGAAGGGAAAGUGCAGUUUGUGAUUGACGCGGUCUACGCCAUGGCCCACGCUCUGCACAACAUGCACCUGGACCUCUGCCCAGGCUCCACGGGGGUCUGUGACAAGAUGGACCCAGUGGAGGGACGCUUGUUGCUUAAAUACAUACGCUCGGUGAACUUCAAUGGUAGUGCAGGCACUGGGGUCUUGUUUAAUGAAAAUGGAGAUGCACCAGGACGUUAUGACAUCUUUCAGUACCAGAUGACCAAUAUCACCAGCCCUGGGUAUAAAGCCAUCGGCCAGUGGACCAAUCACCUGCGACUCAAUCUGGAGGAGAUGCAGUGGUCAGGGGGCAUCCGUACGGUGCCCGACUCCGUCUGCAGCUUCCCCUGCAACCCGGGCGAGCGCAAGAAGAUGGUGAAAGGCGUCCCGUGCUGCUGGCACUGUGAGCUGUGCGACGGCUACCUCUACCAGUUGGACGAGUUCAACUGCGAGGCGUGCCCAUUCAACAUGCGCCCCACGACCAACCGCACCGGGUGCCGGCCCACGCCGAUUAUUAAGCUGGAGUGGCACUCGCCGUGGGCCAUCAUCCCCGUCUUUAUCGCCAUCCUGGGCAUCAUCGCCACCUCCUUUGUGGUGGUCACCUUUGUGCGCUUCAACGACACGCCCAUUGUGCGGGCGGCGGGCCGCGAGCUCAGCUACGUGCUGCUGACGGGCAUCUUCCUCAUCUACCUCAUCACCUUCCUGAUGAUCGCCGAGCCGGACGUGGGGGUGUGUGCUUUUCGGCGCCUCCUGCUGGGCCUGGGCAUGUGCAUCACCUAUUCGGCCAUGCUCACCAAGACCAACCGCAUCUACCGCAUCUUCGAGCAGGGCAAGAAGUCCGUCACACCGCCCAAGUUCAUCAGCCCCACCUCACAGCUGGUCAUCACCUUUAUCCUCAUCUCCGUGCAGGUGAUAGGUGUGUUUGUGUGGUUCGGCGUGGUGCCGCCGCACACCAUUGUGGACUACGAGGAGCAGCGGCCACCCAAUCCCGAGCUGGCUCGUGGCAUCCUCAAGUGCGACAUGUCCGACCUGUCGCUCAUCUGCUGCCUGAGCUACAGUAUCAUCCUGAUGGUGACCUGCACUGUCUAUGCCGUCAAGAGCCGCGGCGUGCCCGAGACCUUCAACGAGGCCAAGCCCAUCGGUUUCACCAUGUACACCACCUGCAUAGUCUGGCUGGCGUUCGUCCCCAUCUUCUUUGGCACAGCACAAUCCACUGAGAAGAUGUACAUCCAGACGACCACUCUGACUGUGUCCAUGAGCCUGAGUGCCUCGGUGUCGCUGGGGAUGCUCUACGUGCCCAAGGUGUACGUCAUCAUCUUCCACCCGGAGCAGAACGUCCAGAAGCGGAAGCGCAGCUUCAAGUCGGUGGUGCAGGCGGCCACCAUGUCCACACGCCUUUCCCAGAAGUCCAUCAACGAGAAGCAAAACGGGGAGACCAAAAUUGAGCCCGACAGGACACAGUAACCCAAGACGGAUUAUGUACUAUCAUAGACUUGACGACAAAUGGACUUUGAGGAGGAGAAGAUUGCUGCUGUAUACAGUAUUAAUAGCAUAGAUAGAAUACCCAGAUCUUCUGGUGACAGUCAGUGCUGCCUGAUGUGUGGCUCAUUAAAAUAACUAUUGUGUGCUAGAUUUGGAGGAAACAGAUGGAGUAGCACAAAAAACUUUUUUCUUGGUGAAACUUGAAACGCCUCAGAGCACAUGUUUGUAAAGACACCAUCAAAGGACUCAAGCCUCAUUACAACAACUACUACUGUAUCUAUGAGGAUAUUGGGAAGCCAAAGUGCAGAGGAAUACCCCAUGAUAGACGGAGGGAUUGUUUAUCUACUGCUACUGGAGACUGGACACAGCAGCAUCUGUUUAGGACUUACAUGUCUCUCGCGUCCACUGAAAUAGCAGCAUGGGCUUUGUGAUCUUUUGUUUAUUUUGUAUUUCUGUGUGUGACUUCAGCCAUUUUCUCUGAAGUGGAGGCGACUGCCAUUUCACUGAAUCCAGUGUUCAAUGUUCAAAUGAAAAGCACAGUUAGGUUAUAUGAGAAGAGAAGCAAUGCAUGGAUCUUUUUAUUUUUUAUUUUUGUAGUGUCCUUAAAUUUAUAAUUUUGAAAUGAUCCUGAGAUGUUAGUCAUGAGUGAGCUAUUUCCCUACAAGAUAUAGCAACAUGUUUCUCUCAUACAUAUAAUUGUAUACUCACCAUCCAUUCAACAUUAUAUGAUUAUAUUAAUUCUAUCAAGGGAGUGUUACCCAUGACAGCACAAUGAUUAUGUUUUCUGAAUUGAUUAAGUUUAUUAAUGACAGUACUUUAUCCUUUAAUUCAUAAGCACAAUAUUUUUGUAUUUCCAUGACCUCACUGUUUAAAAAAAACAUCUAGCAUGUGCACAACGUAAUUAAGUCCUUAAACCACCUGUAAUAAUAAAUUAAAAUAAACUGUACAUGUCAGUUUUCAAGGUUGUAAAUAUAAACUAUAGUUGGGUGAAAUGAAAUGAAAAAAAAAAUGCUUAUGAGUGCUGGUAUAUAAUUUCUUGUAAGGAUGAAAGAAAAUGCAUGCAUGCAAACAUUUAAUUAGCAUUAAACUAUGGUGAUGUGGAAAUGGUCAACAAAGACUUAUUUCCGUUUUUGGUUCCUAAAUCUGUGUAAUGUUUUGCCUACAUUAAUUUCACUUAGGACAUGGUACAUGGAUCAUCCUUAUGGGUACUAUGUGCUGCACAAUGGCUGGUUAUUAUGGAGCCAAGGGAACAGCAUUUAAUUAUCCUGGCAAACUUGUGGACAAAGUUGUGUUUGACAUACAAAGUGUCAGAAUUGUCUGGAUGACUGAUACAGCAGAAUAUAAAGAUAUCAUAUUACUAAGUAUGCAUAGUUAAACUGGAAUACAUUUAGUUUAACAUACGAUUACUUUAUAGUUACUUUAAAACAGACACUUUUUUUGGUCAACAUAAACCAAUCAAGUCCUGUGGCAGAUCAAUCUUCUCAUGUAAAUCAUAUGCCAUUAAAGUUAGCUAGAUUUCAAGUAGGCCUACAGCUUACAAAUCACAAAUAUCAUACUAAGUUUAAGAAGAUUUGUCAUAUCAGGACAUGUUUUACUCAAUAUGGUCAUAUGGAAAAAAAGAAUUUCAUUUUUUUAUUACUUGAAUUUGUACAUAUCUUCAGAUUAUUCGAUUGAGGUUGGGGUGGUAACUGCUAUUUUCUUUUUGUACUGUAAGGAACUCAGGUGUUUUAAUGUGAACUGAGAACAUUCUCCUGAUAUAAUUUUCACAUUCAUAGGAUUGUUGUACUUUAAAAAUAAACCCUCUCUUGGAUGAGUCUGAGAUUUGGGCAUAGAGGCAUUGCUAUGUCUGGUACCAUGCAUGAUAGAAUAAAUGUUUUAAUGAAA